UGUAUUGUAUUGCAAUACACCAGACGUGGCCGGCGAGACGUGUCGAUAAUAAGAAUCGUUAUAUUUUUUGUAGUUGGGAAUGAAAGCGGGAUGAUGAUAGGAAAUAUAUAAUGCGAGACAUGCAGUAGUUCAACCUUCUCAUCAGCUACUCAGUCGUGUGUGAUUUGAUUCACGGAACGUGCACACGCGCAACGGUGUCACGUUUCCACGAGUAGUCCGUUAUGCGCCACAUAUAAUAAGGGCAGAAAAUUCAUAUGUGGCAACGCAGCCAAGAAUGCCUGGGCUAAGCGACAUACUAAAACCACGCUGAUUGGCUUGCGUAGUUGCGUCGAAGCGCGUGAUUGGUGGGUAUCAGUCCCCGCGCAAUUUUACCUGCUAGCAGACGUCAUCAGGGCCAAGGAAAGUACGGGCGAGGGAGCUGGCUGAAGGAAACAGGUGCCUCACAAUUCUUCAUUUAUUUUGCCUCCCCAUGUGUUUAACAUUCUUUGUGCAAGACUCCCCAUUGACCCUUACUCAGGAAUAUUUUGCCAUACUCCACAAUGAAAGAAGAGAUCUCUGCUGCAGUGCUCUUCAUAUCCAAGCUUAUCAGUGGAAAUGUGAAUUUGUCACAGAAUAUGUUGUCAAAAUUUGAAGAAAGGUUGAAAGAGCUGCUCGAGGAAAGAUUUAGCAAUCAUUGGCAUCCGGAGCGACCUUGGCAAGGCCAAGGUUAUCGAUGUUUAAGAGUGAAUGAAAACACUAGGAGAGAGCCAACCAUUGAGAGAGCUGCAAGGGACUGUGGACUAAAAUAUAAGGAUCUGAACCUGCCUGUGGAGCUUACUAUAUGGGUGGACCCUGAAGAGGUAUGCUGUAGAUUUGGAGAGCAGAAAGGAUCGUAUUGUACUGUUGCAACCUUCAGGGAAGGCAACAAGGAGAAUUUUAUUGAAACAUUCGACUUCUCUCAGUUGGAACGACCAAGUUCAACGCCAUCUGGAAUGUUAAAGACAAUGGAAGUGCUGAAAGAGAGAAGAUUCGAUGGAAGUAAUGUACAAAGUCCACCAUCCAGCACCCAGUCCACUCCAACCAAGAAGAAACUCUUUAGUCCUUUGUAUCCAGGGUAUGGUACAAAGAGCCAGACUUCGCCCAGCAGAGUUAGUGGAAGUGGUAGCAGUCGGGAUAGGAAAGCCUUUGGUAAUUAUCAUAGCCAUUACAGCUCUGGGCAUCUUAAUCAUCACCACAGCCAUCAACAUCAAAGUGGAUCUUAUUCACCACCAUUCUACAAAACUCAGUCAUGGCUAAAUUUGAGUCAGACUCCUCCCCCUCCGCACAUACCAUUAUUAAGUUCUUCAGGAUUUAUUUAUCCUCCAACGGCUCCCCCGCACUACACCCACGCCCAGAUGCCUCCACAAUUCACUCGCUCGCCUCCAAGUAUAGCGCCUCAGAAGUUCAAAUGGAAUACUGCUAAUUAUCCACGUAGCGAUAGGCAUCAGUGGUUCGGGCAUCGUGCUUUGGCCAGAGUUUAAGGUGUACACACUAUUACAAGGGGCACUUAUGAGUAGAGUAUGUUUGGAUGGGUGAAGUGAUCUGUGCCAGCUUGGUUAACAUAUCCCUCAUGUGAUAGUUUUAGCAUUAUAUAUACAUUGUCUAAUUGUUGACUUUUCCAAUUUACAGUAGCUUGAUCUCACUAGAAUUAAUAUUCUUUAAUAGUUUUGCUUAGAUAAUGCUAAGCUGGUGAUUGCUACAAUGUAAUGAAACACAAAUAAUGGUUUAAAUUUCUUAGUUCCUCUUAAGUGCCCCUUGUUGCUAUGCCCAUACUAAGAAUGUGCAUGUUUCAGUGUGAUUCUGCACUGUUCUUUGUCAGGGAGGGAGGCACCUUGAGCCAGUUCAAAGUGAAGUCUUUUUAUUAGUGAAGCAAGUGAGACAUGCAGCUGUAUGAUGGGAAUUACAUCCUUAUAUAAAGGGCUCUGUAGUAAUCAACAAGGCGAUAGGUACAAAGAUGGUACAAGAUAUACGUAGUAGUUUAGAGGCUAAUAGUACAGGGUCACUUAACGUAAAGUGAAUGGGUUGUUUCCUCACAGAUGGUGCUCAGACUAUGAGGCUUAAAAUAGUACUAUAAUUGUUAUUUGGAUAAUUUCCAAAACCUAAUACUGUACUGUAUUUCAUUAGUAAGAAAGAUUUUAAUUUGAAAAGUGCUCAAGUGUGUCUGCUCAACUGUGAUUCCAUUGUCAGCCGACCCUUGUUUUAGAGUUCAAAGGAUUAUGAAUGAGGCACUACUCCUGUUGGCCCUUCAGUCUCUCUCUCCGAGUAGGUACCUGCAAAUUUAGGAAAGGUCCCACAGAUUAGAGGUUAUAUAUAUAUACAUAUAUAUUAUUUUUCUUAAAUUAAUGUUUUUAUUUAGAAGCACUUUGUACCCCAGUAAGAAUGCACUGGUAUUCUGGGUGACAGCUCUAUUAUAUUUCUCCCCUCUGAUGCAACUUGAAAAAAAAACUAAAAAGUUGAUAAGAUUACAUUGACAUUCUCAGGAGUAUAUGCACAAAUUUCUGGUUGUGGCUUUUGUGGGGUCAUAUGGGCAAGAUUCAUGAUGAAAUUUGUGGUGGUUUGACAUGAGGUAUAGCUGUUGUAUCAGGUUUUCCAUGUCCAGACAAGUCCUGGAGAUACACACUCCUAUAAUGGACAUCAAUAUAUAUGCACCUUUGUCAGUAUAUUUGAAAUCUAAAAUUUAAUUUUUAAUAGUUUUACAUAGAGAUGCUCCAAGCAUUAACUUAAGUUUCUAUGAUUGCAAGUCGUUAGUUUCCUAUUUGUCAAGAGUGACUGGAAGUGCAACUAGAAUAUUCAUCUAAAUAAUUUUUGUGUUCUUUUUGAAAGAUGAUUCAUUUCUGUGUUUUGAUCUAGAUCAUGCCUGUCCUUCUGUAGUGAGCAUAUAAAACAGGAUUUCACAGUUGGAUCAGAAGCUUAGUACAUAGUUUUGAUUGACAAGGAAUUUCUUGUGGGAUGGUAAAUUAAACAAAAAAUUGCCAUUAAUGCACGUGCUAUCAAAAUUUUAUUUAAUUAGAAUAGAUGUAUAUAAGAUAUACAAGGAUACACCCCAGUUUUACAUGCCAGAUACACAUAACAUAUUUAUAUAUAUUUAUAUAUUUACAUAUAUAUAUAUAUACUUACCAUAGAUAUAUAUAUAUAUAAAAUCUAUGUAGCAUCUAAAAGAAAGAUUAAAUAUAUAAUGAUAACCACUGACCAUAUUUCACCUCAGUUAUACUGUGGCUCUUUCUGCUAGUCUAUCCUCUUUCUUAAUUUUAAGUAAUACAUGUAAAUUAUGAUUGAAUUGUGAAACUUUUUGGCGGUGCUGGCUAUAAAUUAACAUUUAAAAUAAGUCGUUCAUCAUUACACUAUUCUUGCUGACAUUAAUCCCAUAGUUGUGAAGAAGAUAGUUUCCAUUGGCCGCUCCGGUGCAACGCGAUUAAUAACAUUGAAGAUGUAAGCUCAGGUUGACUUGCCCCUGGGUGAGGGUUUUUGCUAGACUAAGUACAAUUUUGUUGUAAGUCAAAUAUCUUGUAAGUUAGCCAAUUUUUUGUUCUUUUAGAUUUAGUUUUGUAUUGCAGUUGUUGUAAUUUCUUUAAAUUUCAAUCCUGAUAAUGAUAAACCUUAAAUGGGAUUCAUAUAUUUCUUCCUUUGAACGCUGCCUGUGUGAACGUCUGUUUUGUUUGAAGUGUAGGGCUUGCAAUAAUUUAUUCAUGUAUGUAAUUAUGCUAACAAAGUUCAUCCCAAAUUGUGAAGUCGACUAAAUACUAUAGUUGGAAUUCUAGUAGCUUAUUGUGGAGCACAUUUAGUUUGUGAUCUUGACACACGUGCCGUCCCGUCUUGUCAAAAUACUUGAGGGUUGAAACUCAUGGAUGUGACUUGGUAAGUGAAUACAUUAUUGUGGUAAUCUGAUGAUGGAAAGAUUGCAUGUUUUGCUUGUUUAUAGUCACUAACAAAGGGUCUUGCAUAAUCAGAAUUUAUCCAUAUUAAUGAUUUGUUUCUUUUAUACAGUUUGUACCAAUCUUGAUAAUUGAAAGCACUAAUUGAUUAUGAACUUUGGAAUAGAGUACCUAAGAGUAUUUGAAAAUGUUUUGUGUAUCUUUGAACAGCAUAUCAUUUAUUCAUACAGUACAUUUAACAUGCUUGGGUUUUUUCCAUUUCCUUGGGAGUUGAACAUGACCUAAUUGAAAGUAAACCAAUAUUAAAAGUGAGUUUUCAACUUCAUUUAAAAUUUUGUGAAGGUUAAUUUAAAUUUAUGGUGCAAUUUAUAUUUUGUUCCAUUGCUGAGACAACUGCAGUGUCCAAGUGUUUUAUGAUAAUCACAGGCAAUACAUAUUUUUCCAUAAUAAAAUGAGUGGAAUAAGAUUUGAUGCGACAUAUCUAUCAAGUAGUGUCAUUUUGCCCUAUUUUUGUCUUGCUGUCACUCAUAUUAAUUUGUAGUGAAUGUUCAUAUAAUGUAGGCUUAUUGACAUAGGAUUUUCUAAAUUUGUAGUGACAAGAUUGAAAUAUAUAAUGAAAAUCACAUUAACAUUCAGAAUCCUUGUGUAAAUAUUGAGAUUGUACAACAGAAUCCAGUUGAUAGUGCAUGUGCCUGAGGGGAUCGGGUGUGGGUUUGAUUCCAUUGUAGGGCCUCGGUAUUUAUUCACAAUUGAAAUGUGCUUCACAUUGGCAUAAAUGUUAUUCCUGGGUGUUGUCUGGGUAGUCUGUUUGGUACUAUUUUAUUUUGGAUUAAAUUCGCAUAUUUGUUAUGUGGGGUUAGGUCAAUCAAGUGUAGGGUCUUGACAUGAACAAUAAUGUAUUCUGUAUUAGUUCUUGCUACUACACGAGUGUCAUCUCUUAUAGAAUUUGUUAUAAUUACAAAGGAUAUACAGUACAUGUUUUAUAUUUAAAAGUGUUUAGUCUGUUGCAGGUGAUAGAACUGUAGAUGGUUAUUGCAUAAUCCUAUUUGAAAAUAUAUUCAGCGUCAUUUAGAAUGGGGCAGUUUCAUGUAUUCAGUAACCAAACCCUUGUCUGUCUGCAUCUUUGAUGCCUCAAACUGGAUUUGGUAUGAAAAGUCUUUCUCAAACAUUGUAGCCACUUUCUUUCUUUAGAGUUUCAGAUUCUAAAGCCAAAUUUCAAACAUUGAAGACUGUCAAAUGGCUAGCUGCAAAAACCACUACAAUAAUUUUUCAGUAGCUGUUUUGAGCAUUGUAUAUUUCUUAAAUAGUGGCUAGAAAAAUGUAGAAUAUUUGACACUCUGCUCUGUUUAGUGGAGAAGGCUGGGGCAUAAAGUUAAUGAUGGAUGCUUUUUAUCAAGACACUGAAGUUCUGAAAUAAGCAUAUAUAACUACAUUGUACUGUUGAUGUGAUAUAAACAUUUAAUGUGUCUAGUUUGAAGCACUUACAGUUUGUACAUAAGUUUGCUUUUCAUUAAUUCUGUAUUACACAAGAACCUGUACUAAGAGUAAAUGUCUAGAACACAUUUAAAUUUCUACUGUUUUUGCAUUCAUUAGAUUUUAACAAAUGUGCAUAUAACUGGACAUGGGGAAUGUUGCCACUACAACAGAUACUGUAUUAGCAUUUUAGAAAUUAAUUUAAGUAACAUAAUUGCUGCUACUCAAUAUAUAGAACUUGUAAGGUAGGGAACAGGGUAGGGAAGAUGAGGUGUUGUGCAAGGGACUCGUGUUGUGCUUUAGUCUAAUGGGGAGUAUUGAUCAAUUGUCAUGUAAUUUGGUGAACAUUAUAUUUUUGUCCAACCAAAUAUAAUUACAAUAAAUGCAUUAUUUUAGCUUAAAAUGAAGGUAAAGGUUUCCUUUUGUGAUAGAAACUCCUCCUGUAUGGAAAUGCAAGAGGCAGUAGACAUACUACAGAUUUUUUAAGGAUGAUAAAAUUUGAAAAUUUCAAUCCUUUUUGUGAAGGUGAAAUUUAUAAAUCUGAUAGUGAAUGUUGUUAGUGGGGUCGCAUGCUUUUGUUGCCUUUACUUAAUUUGAUGACUUCUCUAUUUUGAUUUCUGUAUUCUACCAUUUAACACAAUGGUAAUGGUGUAACACUUUGGUUCCUUUCACAAUUUCAUUGCAGUUAGUGAUUGUAAUAUCCAUUGAACUUUGCUUUUCUAAGUUUGUAAAAGCUGAAGAGGUACUGUUUGCUCAAAAGUAUAAAUGAGGGUUUAGUUUUUGGAAUAUUCGUCCAGUACCGUGAUCACAAGUUGCAUGCCAAAAUAAUUUGAUAAUGUAUUUUAUAAUGAUUAAGUGGACCUUUAGCAAGAUAAGAAUUCCUGUUGAAUAUUUUUUUUUUUUGUUUUUAUUGUAGAAUAUAUGCUCAGUCUUAUUUUCAUUGAUUAUUUUUUGCCAAGAGCAAAACAAAGAGGAGGUGGCCAUGUAAACUCCUGGGGGUCGCCGAGGGUGCGACCACCGCUCAGUGUAGUUUACUAACAUGUUACUAACAAACAGAUGAUGGAUCAUAUGCACAUUUUUUAUCACUAUUAAUGCCUACUAAAACAAGAUUUCUGUUUGAAUUCUAUUUACUUUGUAUAGCUGUUCCUUUCAAUUAUUCAUUUAGCAUUUUGUUAGCUGUAUUGUAGUUUGACUUGUUUGUAUGUUUUCAUGUAUCAGUUUUUGGCUAUAUUUCUUUUGAACUUUUCUUAAAGAAUGUCUGUAAACAAUAAGUCGCAUUAAAAAUAACUUUAGUCAUAGUUGCAUAACCCAUGAUGCUAGUUAAUAUAAGUGGAGUUGUAUGUGAGCAGAUGGAAUAUAGAUUAUUGAUCAUGAACUGCCGUAUAGAAGUCCAGCAUUUUAUAGAUUGGCAUACGUACAAAUUUUGGGUAAUUUAAUACUUUUUCAGAGGGACCAACUUGUAUUAUAACAUUCUUGUAUUAAAAGUACCUGAAGUUUUUUCAUUUGGUACUACUGUUACUCAUACUUUUAGGCCUCGCAUCAGUUGUUUAUGAUAAAAUAGAAUGGCAGAAUAAUUCUGGAAUUUAAUAUUAUACUGCAUCUGUUUUGAAAAUCUCUUCUUUUUUUUCCUUAGGGUUGAUACUUUUGUUUUGCUCUUGGGUAGUAACAACUAGACAAAAAUAUCUAAAUGUUAGGUUAUUACAUCAUGCCGAGUACAUUUAUGGCAGAAAACAGGCUUGUCUUUUCUGGUAAAGGUCCCAAAAAUCAUGUUGACCAGUUUUUUUUUUUUGUGGUUUAUGUAUAGAAAAUCCUUAUUUAAGAUGUACUCAUAUUACGGUAAUGCCAUUAUUAUUGGUAUGGCAUUGUAGCUGUAAGGCAAGUUGUGUUCUACAGUACCGUGUCUUGUUGUUCUCUGACUCGUGCUAGAAGCUACAGUGUAUUUUGUUGGCCAAUUUUUAAAUUGUUCUUUUUUUUUUUUUUUUUUUUUUUUUUACAUCAUAAAUUUCCUAUAGGGAAGAUUGAGUCUCACAGUACACUUGAUUAUGCACAGACAAAUGAUGUAUGUAGCAGGUUUUUACUUCAGUCUGCUGUUACUCAUUGAUAACAUGUAAAUAGAAGAGGCUAAUUACGAAGACUUUAAAAAAAAAAAUAAUUUUCAAAUACCAAUUUGCAAUGUAGAUAAAAGUUUAGUUUAGGGAAAACUGUAAAGCUGAGUAUAAAGUACUGUACAUUUGUUUUCUGUGCAUGGCAAGUGUAUUGGUAUACGUAAUGUCUUCGUGUACAGUCACAGGCUUUAAGUUUUUAGUGGGUGUUGCAAGAUUUGAGUGUAGGCCAGUUUUAAGUGCCCUUGAUGAACAGUAAUAUGUCGAUUGGCCAGGGUGUUUGUAAAAAAGUUUUAGACAUAAGAUUCAUUCAUCUAUAUAUAUUAUAGUUGUAUAUCAGUACUCUCUUUAAUGGGAUCCAGUAUCUUGAGGAUUCAUUUUCCCUUGAGUGCCUUCCUGUUCUUGAUAGUACAAAGAUGACCUCUGUAGGUAGUGGUUGCAGCCAUACUUCUCUUAUCAAAAGUGGUCAUUUGUUGAUUGAAAACCAUUUACCAAUUUCACACAAUUUGAGUGGUACUCUGAUAUAUUGUUUUGAAUAAAAGUGCAUCAUAUGCACUAAUUUUUUAUGGCUUUUGAAACUCGAGUUUUUCCAUUGGAAGUAGGAUUCUUGAAUAUACUUUUGGUGCUGUUAUUUAAGUAUGGAAGAGUGCUGUAUAAAAGUUUUUACUUUUUAAAAAUUGUAUAUAUAUAUAUAUUUGAUAUAUUUUUGGUUUAGCGGUGUGGGCAUGCUGAGCUCGCAUCCAUUCAGGUGAGGUCUGUGGCUUUCAAAGAGUCGUCACGGUCUAACUUGAAUCACAUUUCAACAUCAUCAUGGAUGAAUCUUUAGAAUGUGGCAAUUAUUAGGCCCAGUAGUUGUUACCAAGUUUUACUGUGUAAAUGUAGCUCCUCCAGUGCUAUUGUCUUUGCUCUAGUCAUGAAUUAUAACUUUUUUUUUAUAUAUUUAUCAUUCACCCACUACUACAAAUGGCAUACAGGCUGUGGCAAGAUUAUUAUUUUGCAAUAAGACCAAUAUAUAUUUUAUGGAAGCAUUUACCAUUAAGUUCUUGGGUAAUUGUAAAUUUUUGUCCAAAUUUUGUUUCUUUAUAUUUGUAAUUUGUACAAGUAUUUAGGAUUAUUUUUUUAAUUUGCUUUGAUCAUUUUGUUUGCCAUUACUUUUUUGUCACUAAAUUCCACAUUGAAAAGGUUGUAUAGGGAAAUUCCAUUGAACUUGGCAUUUGGUGCGGCUGACAAUCAUACGUUGAAUAUUUGAGAUGGACAAAGUUGGCCGUUACUUCACUUCUUGCUGCUACUCACUGUAAGCCAAACCUGUGAUAAUUUAGUUUCAUUUUCCAUGUCACUGGAAGAUCUAUAUGACUGUUGGAAAAUAAGCUUGUACUCAACAAAUAUAAUUUAAUGAUUUGCUGAAUAGGUGACAAAUUUGGGGCCAUAAUCUUUCAGGCUUAUCUUAUAUGCUGUAGAUUUCUUCUUGAUCUUUAAAUCAGAAUUUAGUGUUAUUAUUAAUGUAAUAAAGGAAUGUAUUUUAGGUAAAUAGCAACAUUUAUAUUUCUCAGAAAAAUUUAAUUGUACAGUUUUUAUGGCAUUGCA